UUCACAUAGUUUGUUUGCGAAUUUCUUUAAAUUUCAAAAAAAACUCAACAUGGAAAAGCAAAUCGUUAUCAUCGGAGCCGGAGCUUCAGGAGUGGCAGCCGCCACAAAACUUGUGUCGAAUGGCUUUAGCAACGUAACAAUUUUGGAAGCUGGAAAUCGCAUCGGCGGAAGAAUCAACACCAUCCCCUUUGGAGCGAAUGUUGUCGACAUGGGCGCACAAUGGUGCCAUGGUGAAACAGGUAAUGUUGUUUAUGAAAUGGCCAAAGAUAAAAACGUCUUGGCUCAUAAAACCGAAAAACAUCAAAGCGAUGGGUAUCGGUACGUUCGAUCAAAUGGUGAAGAGAUUCCAGUGGAACUCAGCAAAAAAAUCACAGCUCUUAUUAUGGACAUUAUGGGAGACCAUUACGAAGAAGAACGAAAGUCAUAUGGCUCAAGUGGUAACUUUUAUGCUGCAAAAUUCAAGAAAGCUCUCGAAUCCGAUGAAUUCAAGGAAGUCGAUUCUGAAUUGGCUCACGAAUGUAUGGAAGUAUUUCAUAGAGCGGUGAAUUCAAUCGACGGAUGCGAUACAUGGUAUGAACUGUCAACAAAUUACCAUGAAUACGAAGAGUGUGACGGUGAUUACAAGAUGAAUUGGAAGGACAAAGGUUAUGCUACUGUUUUGGACUUAAUGCAGAAUAAAAUUCCCGACGCUAAAAAUCCUCAGUCCGUAAUCGAUGUUAUUCCAUUGACUAAAUUUAACAAAGAAGUGGUCAAAGUUUGCUAUAAUCAACCCGGUGCACCCGCAAAAAUUACAUGUAAAGACGGAAGUUCUUAUUCAGCCGACCAUGUGAUCUGUACGGUUUCGUUGGGUGUUCUAAAAGAAAGAUGUUUGAGUAUGUUCGAACCGUUGCUACCGCUAUGGAAAUACAAUAGCAUCGACGGCAUGAUGAUUGGAACUGUUGACAAAAUCUAUUUAGAAUUCGAUAAACCAUUUUGGAGUGAAAAUUGGCAAGGAUUCAGUUGCUUGUGGAAGUUGGAGCAGGUGAAAGAAGUGCGCGAGGAUCCGGUGAAUGGAGAUUGGCUUGAAGGAAUCAGCGGUUUCUAUCCGUUCAAUCCACUGCAACCGAAUGUUAUUUGCGGAUGGAUCACCGGCAAAUUGGCAUGCAAAAUGGAGGAAAAGUCUGAUGUUGAAGUUAAAAAUGGCGCUGAAAAGGUUCUUCGCAUGUUUUUAAGGCAUUUAGACAUUCCGGAUGCUAAGAAAAUGGUUCGCUCAACAUGGCAUUCAAACCCUCUAUUUCGUGGAUCCUAUUCGCACUUUGUUCUAAAAGCAGAAGCUUUGGAAACAAAUAAUCGACAGUUGGCUGAACCGAUAAAUGACUCGAAUGGAAAGCCAGUUAUUCAAUUCGCCGGAGAAGCCACUAGCCCCAAGUAUUUUUCAAACGUACAUGGGGCAGUUGAUGCUGGAUGGCGCGAAGCUGAACGACUCAUUAAUUUAUAUAAAUAAAGAAAAUUUACUAUAUAAAUGUAAUGGUCAUCUCGGGAAAUUGACAAAGUGGAACUUGACUUUGAUUUUGAGAAUGCAAAACUAAAACUUAAAGCAAUUGUAUAAUUUUAAAUCAUGAAAUAAACUUUCAAAUUGAA